CGAUACCUUGUGGAUACGUGACGCGUUCACCAUUCCCGAUGAAGACCAUUAUGCGAUGAGCGAUGAAUACUCUAAUUCCCCACAACUUCAUGUAGAAAACCAGCCAGAGGUACCAAAAAGCAAUACAUCCUCAUGGAGUAGCGCGGGGUUAUCGAAUCAUCGCAGUUCAUCCUACUACACGGGGAAACGCAACUCUGACAUAGGAUUUGCAGCAUUUUCAGCACGUAAUACAAGAUCAUCUGAUCUUUCGCGGGGCUCGGCGCUAUCUUCAGGAUCCCUAGGUCGAUAUUCAUUCAUAUCCGGACGUUCCUCCGGUACCAGCUCAUUUGCUAGAGUUUCGGAUAUAUCCAGCUCUAUAUCCCACAUUUCUCUCCAUUCCGUCGGUCCCUCCUCCCGCCGUCGAACGCAGGAUUUCACUCAUCACUCAUCACCAGCGGUCGCGAAACAGCUCGCAGCCAGAACCUCUGAUACUCCAUUGGAAGGAUGGACAGAAGAUACAGACGAUUGGGCACAAGCCAUACCAUAUGUCCCUCCUGUGUUGAACCCUAGUGAAAGGUCCGGCUACCAGGAGCUACCAAGAUACUCUGAAAUAUACCCGCAUGGGUAGAAAAGUUGAGAUUUGAGUUUAUUUUUAGGGGCUGUGUGUUAUCGCGGGCGAUUCCAUGUACCUCUAUAUACUGCGAUCAGGCUGGGUACACACCGACAUAUAGAAAAUAUGUCAUUAAUACUGUGCUACAAUCUAACAGCGGCCCCAUGGUCACUGCGUUGGUCAAACCCUUGCCGGACAGAGCACGAAGUG